AUGUCCCAAGGCUGCCCUGAGGACAGAGCCGCAGCCCAGCCAGCAGAGGUGGAGUUGGCUGUGGCGCUGCAGGUGAGCAGGGAGCUCAAGUCGCGGAGGAGGUCCAGCUCUAAGGCGUCAAUCACCAAGGCGCAGCCGCUGAAGGUGGCCCGGGAGGAGCCCAGUGGGCCGUCUGGCGGGCGCACCUUUCGGCACGCGUGGCGGCAGACGGCAGGCGAGCUCAGCGAGGCCGACCAGCGCAAGGCGGUGCGGCAGGCGCUGGAGGUGUUCCGCCUGCUGCCGCCCUCCAGCUCCUACGCCCAGCACCGCAUACGGGUGCUGGAGAAGGCGCUGCAGCUGCUGGACAAGGGAGGCAGCGACCGGUCCUCUGAGGAACGAGACGAGCUGCAGCAGCUGCUGAGCCAGCUGAAGCUCUGA